CCACGAUGUUGGCUCCGUGAUGUCACAGUUUGUAAAACACCAAGAUUAGGCGAAGGAAAAAGGAGUGGACGAAGAAUCAGUUCGGCGGACGAAUGUAUCGCUGUACAGACUGAAUUCGCUCGAAGGAUUACAAAAAAACAACCGAAAUGUCUACGAUCACCGUGAAAUUAAGUCGUGGUGAAAAUACCCCAUGGGGUUUCCGCUUACAAGGUGGAAAGGAUUUCAGUGCCCCAUUAUCAAUCGGAAGGGUGAAUCCUGAUAGCAUCGCUGAGAGAGCAGGAUUGCAAACGGGAGAUGCGAUUUUAAAAAUUAUGGGACGUAGUACGGAGACUAUGAAACACAAGGAAGCUCAAGAUACUAUUGUGAAAUCCGGAAAUUUAUUAGAAAUGAUUGUUGAGAGGGGAAAGACAAGAGUUUGGAAACCAGCUGUGGUACCGAUAGGAGAUAUCCCAGCUCCGAGUCCUCAGAUAACAGCUAAACCUGUAACAAAAACAUCACUUGCAGCUAACAAACAGGAGGUUCAGCAUAUUGGAAGUAAACAUAAUGUUAGUGCAAGACCAUUUUCAGCAACAAUGCAAGAUGGAACAGUUAAAGCUGUUGUUCAUAAACAAUAUAAUUCACCAGCAAAUAUUUACUCAAUGGAUAAUAUUGCUGAAACUCUUUCUGCCCAGACUGAAGUACUUGCAAGUGGUGCUAAAGGCAUCAACUUCUUAAAAGAAGAACAGCCUAUCAAUAAAGAAUCAGCUGUGUAUAGAAUGGUACAUGAAGACACUGGUAAAGAAUCUCCUACAUGUGAGCGUGCUUUCCCAUUAAGACAUGUAGAAGCUCCAGUUACUAAACCUCCAUCAGAAAAACCACCUGAACAGCUAAAUCCUAAUCAAUGUGUAGAAUGUGGAAAAGUCAUUAUAGGUGUAUUCGUCCGUAUUAAGGAUAAACCAUUACAUCCUGAAUGUUUUCGCUGCAGUACUUGUGGAACAUCUCUUAAAAAUAUUGGAUACUAUAAUGUUAAUGACAAAUUAUACUGUGAUAUACAUGCAAAGCAAGCAUCUAAAAUGUUGCAUUUUACAAUACCAGAUUUUGAACCAAUAACAAUGGGCCAAAUGAACUCAACUUCAGCACCUGAAACAGUUCCUGGAACAGCUCCUACAACACCUGGUACUGCUGCUCCCAUGUCACCAUCUACAACUUUUAAUACACCAUUUUCAUUAGUUCAACCCAAACCACCAUCUUUCAAACCAAUAUCUAAUGCAGUACCAAAGGUUGCUUCUCCUACACAAAUGAAACCAGCUAGUCCACCUGUACUAGCUCCUACAAUGAAGCCAGUUACUCCACCUGUACUAGCUCCUACAAUGAAGCCAGUUACUCCACCAAUAACUCAUCCACAGACUGCGCCUCUAGCUGAUGCACAUAAACCAUUAUCAAGCGGUUCCAAGUUUAUUUGGCCGCCUCCAAAACAGACUCCUGUAGAGACUCUUGAAUCCAAUGCUACUCCUUCUGUUCCUAGUUAUCGACCUCCUCCUGGAACUCAACAUAUUUCUAAUACUCCAACUACUCCUAAAACUCCUACUACACCUAAAUUUAUUCAGUCUACUACAACUAAAAUCCCUACCACUCCUAAAUUUAUUCAAUCUGCUCCUAAAACACCACCUGCUGUUGCUCCUAAACCCCAUAUCCCUGUCCAAAGCAUCACAACAACCAGCAUUCAAUCUUGGACUUCUAGUUCCACUUCUGGACCCUCCCCAAUAGGCAUUACAUCUGGAAUUGGAUCCCAUCCUGCUCCAAGACGUGGUCGUGGACAAUUAAGAUCUCAAGUUGGUCCAGGUGUUCGAAUUCCAAUUUGUGCUGUAUGCGGUUCUCCAAUCAGAGGACCAUUUAUUGUUGCUAUUGGAAAGACUUGGUGUCCUGAUCAUUUCUUAUGUAGUAAUAAUAAAUGCCGUCGUUCAUUACAAGACACUGGAUUUGUUGAAGAGCAGCAGCAGUUGUAUUGUGAACACUGCUAUGAAGCAUACUUUGCUCCAAUGUGUAGUAAAUGUGGUGCUCGUAUCAAAGGAGACUGUCUUAAAGCUCUUGACAAGCAUUGGCAUCCUCAAUGUUUUGUCUGUGCAAACUGUCAUAAACCUUUUGGUAACAGUUCUUUUUACAUGGAAGAUGGUCAACCAUACUGCGAAAAAGAUUGGAAUGAAUUAUUCACUACUAAAUGCAUUGGUUGUGGUUUUCCAAUUGAAGCUGGAGAUCGUUGGGUGGAAGCUUUAGAUAAUAAUUAUCAUUCUCAAUGUUUCAAAUGCACAAUCUGUCAUAAAAACUUAGAAGGACAGGGAUUUUAUGCUAGAGGAGGUCGACCUUUCUGCAAAGCUCACGCUCGAUAAAUUUACUUUUGAAUCAGAUUGAAGCUUAAAGAAAUUUUAGGAGAUUUGCUGCUAAAUAGUAUUACAUCUACCAGCAAUCAGUUAUAUUUUACUACUGCUAUCUGUCCUUAUUAAUGCUGCUCAUUGUUUGAUUUGAGCCUCUUAACAUGUUUAGUUAUUGAUCAUCAUGAACUGGCGACCAGCAAUGCGACUGUGAGAAAAUUGCAUUUAAAACAAUAAUGAAAUUAUCCACUGUAGAAGAACUUACAAUUUUUACAUUUAAUAUAGUUCCUAUCUUUUAAAUCAAGACAAUGGCUAGUCACAUUCAAUAGUGUAAUUAUGACUUGAGAUUCUUUUGCCAAAUUUAAACAUUGUAUUUCUUAAAGAGGAAAAAAAGCAGACCAAAUAUUAUAAACAAACAUCUAUAAGAAGUUUUAAAUAAAAUAUCACUUUAAAAGUUUUGC